CCUGGGCUGCGCGGCGGCCGCUGGCCGGAUCAGAGCAGGCAGUCAGUUACCUCUGUGCAGUUCGCGCCGGCACGGCUGCCGAUCCCCAGGUGACGUGUCGUCCGUACUGUGUCCGAGAUGGCUGGCCUGAAGCUGUACUCGGUCAGUGACAGUCCCCCGUCGACGGCUGUCAAGAUGGCGCUCGAGGCUCUAGCACUCGAGUACACCAACAUGGAGGUGGACUUCGCAGCCGGAGAGCACCUCAGUGAAGAGUUUUCCAAGAAAAACCCGCAACGAGAAAUUCCUUGCCUGGACGAUAACGGUUUUUUCCUAAGUGAAAGCAUCGCCAUCCUGCAGUACCUGGCUGACAAGUACGGCCCCGGACACAGCAUUUACCCGCGGGAUCCGCAGCAGAGGGCCCUGGUCAACCACAGGCUCGCCUUCAACGUUUCCACGUACUACGCUCGAAUAGCAGAAUAUGCGGUGGCACCGAUAUUCUUUGAUUACAAGAGGACUCCCGAGGCUCUUAAAAAACUGAAGAUAGCUCUGAACGUCUUAAACACCAUCUUAGAAAGACAGGGAACCAAAUUUGCAGCAGGAGAGCACGUGACUCUGGCGGAUCUGUCGCUGGUGGCUGCGACCAUGUGCCUGGAGGCGGUGGAGUUCGAGUUGUCGCUGUGGCCGAGAGUCCUGCGGUGGUACGCAGACUUCAAGCAGGCGGCGCCACGCCUCUGGGCGAUCGCAGAGCCCGCCAUGCUGGAGCUGCGGACCUUCAGCAAGAGCCCGCCGGACCUGUCGUCGCUGCAGCACCCCUACCACCCCGUCAGGGCCAGCAAGUAGCGCGUCGUCGCGUCCCCGUGUCCCGAGCCUGCACCACGAGUUCCUUCUAAUUUUCUCUGCAGUUUCCUAUGUUUUUGUAAUAGUGUCCAGAUGAAAACAAUAAACGGGAAAAUUCUUGUGUUUGUCGAUAGCUUCACCAGUGUUUCGUAGGAAUCAAAUUAUACAGGGCGAAUCUGAAAUCGACAUACAAAAUUUCUGAGGCUGCUGAUGAAUAUUUUCUUCAGCAUUUUGGUGGAAGGGAACCGUAGUACUCGGUGGCUCAUUACGGAGUUAUAAUGUAAUUAUGACUUACUCGGUUUGUUAACCCAGGUAAUUACUUUCACAGCAGUGAAAAGAACCCUUAAUUUGCAAUCACCAAAACAUACAACACAACAAGCAAAGCGAUGUAAAUAAUUUUAGACGGAACAUACAAUCUUUUUUCAUUCACUGCAAUCGACGAUUUUAGAAAGCCUGCAGUUGUGUCAUUCAUAAUUGAAAUAA